AUGCAUUUCUCCACGCGCCUUGUGACAGGCAUCGCCGUGUUUAUCGCCCUAACGUUCCUCUACACUAUCACUUCCAUAUCCGCGCGCGAUCCGACAUCCGUCUUCUUCAACCCACGCAAAGGCUACGCGCCGCGAUACUCUACCAUCAGACGCCAGCAAGCCGAGGCUUAUAUAUCGUCUUAUAACCCCUCGAACGUCGUGAAAGCCGGCGAGGAAAAGAAGAGGAAGUUAUGUGUGGGCAUACCGUCCUUCAGGCGAGAAGACGCGCAAUACCUGCCAGAUGCAGUGGGCUCCCUGCUAGAGGGUUUGACACCCGAGGAGAGGCAGGAGAUAUAUCUCAUCGUGUUCCUCGCACAUUCCAAGCCUGCGGCGCAUCCAGCAUAUAGCGAGAAAUGGCUUUCUGGCCUUGCAGAUAAAGUCAUGACGUACGAGUUUGGCGCAGACCGACUGCAAUACAUCGUAGAGCUGGAAGCAAAGGAAGGGAAAUUUGACGAGAAGGCCCUGUUCGACUAUUCGCUGCUUUUGACCAAAUGCGUCGAGCAGUUCACGCCAUACAUUGCGAUAUUCGAGGACGACACGGUCGCUAUGGAUGGGUGGUACCAUCGCACAAUUGCGGCGAUCCAUGAGGCGGAACAGCAGGCUGCGUUGCGACGUUCAAAGCCCGACUUCCUCUACUUGCGCCUAUUCUACACGGAACAAUUCCUUGGUUAUCACGCUGAAAACUGGAAGCGUUACCUCUUCAAUUCCAUCUGCAUUGCCUUGUUACCCACGAUCACGAUCCUCCUAAUGCGCUUCACGAAACCCACCACAAAGCUGUCCCUCAAACUCACGACCCGCCGCACCUUCGUCAUCAUAUACGCCAUACUCGCCAUCGUUCUACUGCUUUUACUCUCCCUCGGUCAUGUCACCCUGUUCCCCAUACCAACCGGCGUACACGAAAUGCGAAAAUUCGGUUGUUGCAGUCAAGCCUUAGUGUUCCCCAAUACCAAGGCCCUUGAUCUUGUCAAUUACUUUAAAGAACGACACCUAGGGUACGUGGAUGUGCUGACUGAGGAUUUUGCGAAUGAACGAGGUGAGUUGAGAUAUGCGGUUACGCCGAAUCUCGUACAGCAUGUGGGCAGAACGAGGAGCAAGGGAGAUGAUUAUGUGCUGAUAAGGAAGUGGGGGAUGAGAGCUGCGGAGAAGAUUUGGAGUUUUACAUUUGAAAAUCAUGAUUGGAGGGCGUUAAAGAAAGAGCAUGAGGAGGUUACAAAGCUGAGGGGGGAAGGAGGUGGAGACAUAGUCGGGGAAAACAGUCAGGGCUCGACUUAG